AUGCAAUUGAGUUCAAAGAUCCAUCCUGAAGAAUACCCAAGGUCGCGAUGUAUCGCCGUCGUUCACGACACUCUCACCCAACUUUUUGAUGGCGCAGCACGCUACUGGAACAGCCUCCAGGUCGGCCACCGAGAGCGAUACUCCGUCCAGCGUCUGCUUUCCUUCAGAGACUACUACGAACGGACCUCCCCGACUCGAGUCAUCUUCGUUUGCUCCACGUCCUUGAUUCCAGCUUUCGUGCUGGCGGUGAUAAUGGAGUGCAUCCCGUUGAAGCCACCUGAAGCAGGAUGGAGAGCGAACUAUGCCUUCUGGAUCCGAUUGUUCGUGUCCUCGCUGCCGAUUUCGUUCGGAGCCGUGUUCCAAGUGAUAGAGGUGAUCGAACCAGGAGUUAUAUCGCCUACUGGGAUUAUCGUGACUGCUGUCGGCUCCUGUGCCGGCUACGUGGCCCUAACGAUGGGUCUCGCGGCUUCGUGGAGAUUCCCAGUCCCAUUCGGAUACGUGUUCUGCGUGCCGCCAUUUGUGACAAUCUACAUGAUUUUGUUCGUACUCAGCAUUGGGCCCAGAGUUUUGGUUCGAACGCCUCUACUACGCCGUCAGCUUUUCUCCCAGCUGCUCGUCGUAGCCGCUCAAGCCGUUUUA